UCUCAUCUUCCGGAUGAUUCAUCUCCACCCAUUAAGAAUAAAUUCAGUGCUGCUGCCUCUCCAGCAGCCCAUGACAACGCACACAGUUUCCUCUUUAAACACUUUAUCACCACUUCCUUCCCAAAGCGGGUCAUUACUACUAAUUAUUCCAGCCUUUGCAGAUAUUAGGCUACUGUGUGAGACAUGCAGAAGAGAAGGAAGCCGGAGCCGAUCCAACUCAACCCGAUCCCCGAUGGGAACAUCAUCAACGGCACUGGAGCCACAGAAACAAACUUGGAGGCCCUGCAGAAGAAGCUUGAGGAGCUGGAAUUGGACGAGCAGCAGCGCAAGCGCCUGGAAGCUUUUCUCACACAGAAACAGAAAGUGGGAGAGCUGAAGGACGACGACUUUGAGAAAAUAUGUGAGCUGGGUGCAGGCAAUGGAGGAGUUGUCUUUAAGGUGUCUCACAGACCUUCUGGUCUGAUUAUGGCCAGGAAGCUCAUCCACUUGGAGAUCAAACCUGCCAUCAGGAACCAGAUCAUUAGGGAGCUUCAGGUGCUGCAUGAAUGCAACUCUCCAUACAUUGUGGGCUUCUAUGGAGCUUUCUACAGUGAUGGAGAAAUCAGCAUCUGCAUGGAGCACAUGGAUGGUGGAUCUUUGGAUCAGUCGCUUAAAAAGGCUGGAAGGAUCCCAGAGCAAAUCCUGGGGAAAAUCAGCAUUGCGGUCAUUAAAGGUCUCGCCUACCUGAGGGAGAAACACAAGAUCAUGCACAGAGAUGUCAAGCCUUCUAAUGUACUGGUCAAUUCACGCGGGGAGAUCAAGCUGUGUGACUUUGGCGUUAGCGGACAGCUCAUUGACUCCAUGGCCAACUCCUUUGUGGGCACGCGCUCCUAUAUGUCUCCGGAGCGCUUGCAGGGCACCCAUUACUCUGUUCAGUCUGAUAUUUGGAGUAUGGGCCUGUCCCUGGUUGAAAUGGCCAUUGGGCGUUUCCCUAUCCCUCCACCUGACCCAAAGGAGCUGGAACUGAUUUUUGGUACUGGAGGAGGCAACCAAGCAGAGUCCGCACCAAAGGCUUGGCAUCCCAGCCGGCCUAGCAGCUCUUAUGGAUCAGACAGCAGGCCUCCAAUGGCCAUCUUUGAAUUACUCGACUACAUCGUCAAUGAGUCACCACCUAAGCUGCCUGGACUAUUCAGUUCUGAAUUCCAGGACUUUGUCAAUAAAUGCUUGAUAAAGAACCCCGCUGAAAGGGCAGACCUUAAACAGUUAAUGGUGCAUCCUUUCAUUAGACAGUCAGAGGCAGAGCAAGUUGAUUUUGCUGGCUGGUUGUGUAGCACCAUUGGACUCAACCAGCCUGGGACACCCACUCAUGGGGCAACAAUGUGAACUCGCAACAAUGAAGCCCAUGUUCUUCAAUGUGUUGUGUACAAUUUUUAUCAAGCAUUGGGGGCGAAAGUGCAAUCAAUUGUUAUAUUCCAAAUGCAAUUCCUUCAUGGCAAGUGAAACCAUGGGCCGAAUAAUUCAGGAUGUACUGCAAAGCCUGCCUAAAAAGCCAUUUUCAUAAUGAAUGGAAACUGCAUUAAAUGUGAUGUACCCCCAG